AUGGAGCUGAGGCCCUGGUUGCUAUGGGUGAUAGCAGCAGCGGGACCCCUGGUCCUGCUGGCGGCUGAUGCCCAGGGCCAGCAGGUCUUCACCAACACCUGGGCCGUGCACAUCUCCGGAGGCCCGGCCGUGGCCGACCGCCUGGCACGCAAGCAUGGCUUCCUCAACCAGGGCCAGAUCUUCGGAGACUAUUACCACUUCUGGCACCGGGCCGUGACCAAGCGCUCCCUAUCGCCUCACCGCCUGCGGCACAGCCGGCUGCAGAGGGAGCCCCAAGUCCAGUGGCUGGAGCAGCAGGUGGCAAAGCGGCGGACCAAACGCGACCUGUACCUGGAGCCCACGGACCCCAAGUUCCCCCAGCAGUGGUACCUGUCCGGCGUCACGCAGCGGGACCUGAACGUGAAGGAGGCCUGGGCGCAGGGCUACACGGGGCGCGGCAUCGUGGUCUCCAUCCUGGACGACGGCAUCGAGAAGAACCACCCGGACUUGGCAGGCAAUUAUGACCCGGGGGCCAGUUUCGACGUCAACGACCAGGACCCUGACCCGCAGCCCCGGUACACGCAGAUGAACGACAACAGGCAUGGUACCCGGUGUGCGGGCGAGGUGGCCGCCGUGGCCAACAAUGGCGUCUGCGGCGUGGGGGUGGCCUACAACGCCCGCAUUGGAGGGGUGCGCAUGCUGGAUGGUGAGGUGACAGACGCGGUGGAGGCACGCUCGCUGGGCCUGAACCCCAACCACAUCCACAUCUACAGCGCCAGCUGGGGCCCCGAGGACGACGGCAAGACCGUGGACGGGCCGGCCCGCCUCGCCGAGGAGGCCUUCUUCCGGGGCGUCAGCCAGGGUCGCGGGGGGCUGGGCUCCAUCUUCGUCUGGGCUUCGGGGAACGGGGGCCGGGAGCACGACAGCUGCAACUGCGACGGCUACACCAACAGCAUCUACACGCUGUCCAUCAGCAGCGCCACGCAGUUCGGCAACGUGCCCUGGUACAGCGAGGCCUGCUCCUCCACGCUGGCCACCACCUACAGCAGCGGCAACCAGAACGAGAAGCAGAUUGUGACCACUGACUUGCGGCAGAAGUGCACCGAGUCUCACACGGGCACCUCGGCCUCUGCCCCCCUGGCAGCUGGCAUCAUCGCUCUCACCCUGGAGGCCAAUAAGAACCUCACCUGGCGGGACAUGCAGCACCUGGUGGUGCAGACCUCAAAGCCAGCACACCUCAACGCUAACGACUGGGCCACCAAUGGGGUGGGCCGGAAAGUGAGCCACUCCUACGGCUACGGGCUGCUGGACGCCGGCGCCAUGGUGGCCUUGGCCCAGAACUGGACCACGGUGGCCCCCCAGCGCAAAUGCACCAUCGACAUCCUCGCCGAGCCCCGGGACAUCGGGAAGCGGCUGGAGGUCCGGAAGACGGUGACCGCCUGCCUGGGCGAGGCCGGCCACAUCACGCGGCUGGAGCACGCGCAGGCCCGCCUCACGCUGUCCUACAACCGCCGGGGGGACCUGGCCAUCCACCUGGUCAGCCCCAUGGGCACCCGCUCCACCCUGCUGGCCGCCAGGCCACACGACUACUCGGCAGAUGGGUUCAACGACUGGGCCUUCAUGACAACCCACUCCUGGGACGAGGACCCCUCUGGCGAGUGGGUCCUGGAGAUUGAGAACACCAGCGAAGCCAACAACUACGGUACGCUGACCAAGUUCACCCUCGUGCUGUAUGGCACGGCGCCCGAGGGGCCGCCCACACCGCCCGAGAGCAGCGGCUGCAAGAUGCUCACGUCCAGCCAGGCCUGUGUGGUGUGCGAGGAAGGCUUCUCGCUGCAUGAGAAGAGCUGCGUCCAGCACUGCCCCGACGGCUUCGCCCCUCAAGUCCUCAGCACGCACUACAGCGCCGAGAACGACGUGGAGCCCAUCCGCGCCAGCGUCUGCGCCCCCUGCCACCCCUCGUGCGCCACGUGCCGGGGGCCGGAGCCCACGGACUGCCUCAGCUGCCCCGGCCACUUCUUCCUGGACCCCCUGGAGCAGAUCUGCUCCCGGCAGAGCCAGAGCAGCCGCGAGUCCCCGAAGCAGCCGCCGCUGCCGCCCCUGCCGCCGCCCACCCCGCCGGCCCCGGAGGAGGCGGAGGCGGAGGCGGAGCCGCGGCCCCGGGCCGGCCUGCUGCCCUCGCACCUGCCCGAGGUGGUGGCCGGCCUCAGCUGCGCCUUCAUCGUCCUGGUCUUCGUCACCGUCUUCCUGGUCCUGCAGCUGCGCUCCGGCUUCAGCUUCCGGGGGGUCAAGGUGUACACCAUGGACCGCGGCCUCAUCUCCUACAAGGGGCUGCCCCCCGAGGCCUGGCAGGAGUGCCCGUCGGACUCGGAGGAGGACGAGGGCCGGGGCGAGAGGACCACCUUCAUCAGGGACCAGAGCGUCCUCUGA